AAAAUGGAGGAUCACUGGGGUUUAAGUAAUACAAAUGAUAUAAAUUGUACACAACCCGCUAUAGAUGAUUUUCCACGGGAUUUAUUCACAGAGGCCCAAAGACAAUCGGGUGCUGUUGUACUUCAUGUUAUAGCCAGUUUAUAUUUAUUCGUAGCCUUAGCUGUAGUAUGUGAUGAAUAUUUUGUGCCCGCCGUGGAAAAAAUAUGUGCAGCCCUUAAUAUGUCCAAUGAUGUUGCGGGUGCCACAUUUAUGGCCGCUGCCACAUCAGCUCCAGAACUAUUUGUAAAUGUGAUAGGAACAUUUAUUACAGAGGGUGACAUUGGUGUGGGUACCAUUGUGGGCUCGGCUGUCUUUAAUAUAUUGGCAGUGGCAGCAUGUUGUGGCAUAGGAGCUGGAAUGACAAUACCAUUGGAUUGGUGGCCAUUGACACGCGACAGCAUAGCGUAUGGAUUCACUGUGGCCGUUUUGAUUUGUGUGAUGCACGACGAACGUGUUGAAUGGUACGAGGCCUUGAUCUUGGUUUCUCUCUAUGCCGUCUAUUUAGCUGUUAUGUAUUUUGAUAAAACCUUUCAAAAAUGUGCCAAAGGUGGUGUUAAGCAAGCUCGUUCACGAAGCCGCUCAUCCAAUUGUAGCAUACAAACCAAGAACAGCAAUGACAAAGAACCAGAAAUUGUGGAGAACCGCAUAUGCCACAACUUAUCUACAAUUCAAUUGAACGGUGGUGUAAAUAAUGAAUCGGCAAAAACACCAUCGUCCGCCGCCACGCCGGCCAUUGCGACCACCUGUAUUAGCAACACCAUCACCACAACAAUUUCCACAGUGUCCACAAACAAUUCUGGUUGUGUGGUGAAAUCGCCUCCCCCGGCAACGACGCAAGAAAAUACAGAUGUUGAAGCUCCUGCUGCUGCUGCUGCUGCUGCGGCAAUUGAUACACCAUCAACCAAUGGCGAAGAGGAAGAAGAGGGCUAUUCUUUGCUAACCUAUCCCUGGGGUAAGAGCUGCUUUGCCCAGUUUACAUGGAUUAUUAUUUGGCCAAUACACUUGUUAUUCCGUAUUGCCAUACCGGAUUGUAAAAAGGCCAAAAAUAAUAAAAUCUUUCCAUUGACAUUUGUCAUGUGUAUUGUUUGGAUUGGAUCGUUGUCGUAUGUAGUUGCCUGGAUGAUAACAAUAAUUGGUGAUACAUUAAAAAUUCCUGAUUCAGUCAUGGGUAUUACUUUCUUAGCGGCUGGUACAAGUGUCCCCGAAGCGGUUUCCAGUGUCAUAGUCGCCAAAAGAGGUCAUGGCUCAAUGGGCAUUUGCAAUUCAAUUGGUUCCAAUACCUUUGACAUCCUACUAUGUUUGGGUGUACCAUGGCUCAUCAAAGCUGUCUUCUUUCCCAUACAGCCAGGACAAAAUUAUGUAGGCAUCAAUUCCGCUGGCUUGGAAUAUUCUGCCAUUACAUUGCUCUCCACACUGUUUCUUUUGUAUCUGACCUUCUCCUGCAACAAAUUCAAACUGGAUCGAAAAGUGGGAACAGCCUGUCUGGUGAUAUAUUUGGUAUUCCUGGUAUUUGCCUCCCUGAUUGAACUGAAUGUCUUCUUCCGGGUGAAUUUGCCGACAUGCGGCAGAUCGUGAAAAGCUCCCAUUUGGCUCUGAACAUUGCAGCUCGGAGUUUGCGGAUAUAUUUUGAUAAUGUCGUUUUGUUAAGUUAAGAGAUAU